AUGGGCUCGGAAAUGGUCGCUGGCCCAGCUGCUGGCGACGAGGAGGCGUGCAUGUACGCGAUGCAACUUGCCGCUGCAUCUAUCCUACCGAUGACGCUCAAGGGCGCCAUCGAGCUGGGCAUGCUCGAGGUCCUGGUGAGCGCAGGCGGGGAGAUGUUGUCGCCUUCGGAGGUGAUUGCGCGGCUGCCAUCCAAGGCGGCCAAUCCGGACGCGCCGGCCAUGGUGGACCGCAUACUGCGGCUGCUGGCGUCGUACAACGUAGUGUUGUGUGAGGUCGACGAAGGUGAGGACGGCCUCUUCGCCCGCCGGUACGGCUCCGCACCAGUGUGCAAGUGGCUCACCCCCAACGUAACUAUUAAACUCAACAGUGAAGUCUCAUACUUGACUUCAGUUGAUGUCAAUAUAUGGUACCAUUUGAAGGACGCAGUCCUUGAUGGUGGCCUCCCGUUCCAAAGAGCAUACGGGAUGACGUUGUUCGAGUACAACAGCACGAACAUGCACGUUAACAGCAUGUUCAACGAGGCCAUGAAGAACCAUUCAACCAUCAUCACCAAGAAGCUCCUUGAGUUCUACAUGGGCUUUGACAGUGUGGGCACCCUUGUUGAUGUCGCCGGUGGUGUGGGUGCAACCAUCCACACCAUCACCUCCAAGUACCCGCACAUCAAGGGGGUCAACUUUGACUUGCCCCACGUUAUCUCUGAUGCGCCGUCCUUCCCUGGUGUGGAGCAUGUCGGGGGUGACAUGUUCGAGAAGGUGCCCUCCGGCGAUGCCAUCCUCCUAAAGUGGAUCCUUCAUGACUGGACUGACAAGCAUUGCACGAAUCUACUAAGGAACUGCUUUGACGCACUCCCUGCUCACGGCAAGGUCAUCGUCAUGGAAGGCAUCUUGCCGUUGAAACCAGACUCAACAUCCAGGGGGCAGCUGAUGUUCUUAGGUGACAUGAUCAUGCUCAUGCACACCCCAGGUGGCAAGGAGAGGCAACAGAGGGAGUUCGAGGAGCUUGCAAGGGGUGCAGGGUUCACCAGUGUCAAGACCACUCACAUCUACGGCAAUGCGUGGGUCAUUGAAUUCAUCAAAUAA